UAUAUAUAUAUAUAUAUAUAUAUCAUCCUUGUGUAUUUCAAUUUCAGACGUUUAUUUUACCUGUAUACUAUAUAUUUAACAGUAUAAUCUGUGGUGAUCAUCAUCACAAUAAGAGGAAGGUUUCGUUGAAGAGUCAAACAUCCUCUGGGCCUGAAGGAAGCCGUCAGAACAACAUCAGGAUCAAAGUAACGCUCGGGUCCUAAACAGGACGUAAACGCCGCUCACUUCCUGUCAGGCCUUGAUCCUGAGUGACAGCUGUCACACCUCUCCAGACAGCUGCGGCGCUUCUUCACAUCAGAUCUCUUCAUUAACAGCCUUCAGCUCUUUACUGUGUCUCUUACUUCAUCUAUGAUCCAUUCAUCUUUCAGCUUUUGAUCAGGUUUUGUUAACUUGACUACUUUAACCAAAAAAAAAAAAAAUCAUGAAUAAAGUGUUUUAGAAAUAUGAGAAUAUAUAUGAGAACAUUCAUCAUGGGAAAGUUACUUUUGAAUGUUUUUAAAAACCGCAUAAACGACGCAUAAAUAAUGUUUUGGUUCUAAAGUUAUUAAAAGCCGGAUAACCGUGAACGAACGUUUUAAUAACGUUCCUGCAACGAAUCCUGAGCAGAAUACGAGCGUAGAGAAGUUUUAUUUCUAGCCGUUUUUCUCUUCGAUGUUAAUUGCGAGGCGCGCUCGUGUGAAGCGCGUCUGAUCGCGUCGCGGCGCUAAUUGUCGUCGCGUCGACUUAAAGAGUCGUUUCCCACAAAAGGGAAUCUAAUUAUUUUCUUUUCUCUUUCACGUUAUCCGCCAACAUCGCCUCGUUCGCACGUGGGUGGCGAGCCGCCUUUGAACUCGGCGCCCAUAAAAGCGGCGGGCUUCGUCUUCGGCGCACUUUCUCCUCGCGUCAUGGCGCAGAUCGACGUCGACGCGUUCACGGCGCAGGUCCUGUCUCACUGGGACUGGAGCAGAGAGGACGCCUCCUCGCCGGAGUCCGGCCUCGGAGACGAGCAGCACAAGCCCAAGGCGAAGAUGAGCGCGAAGAGGAGGAUGAAGGCCAGCGAGCGCGAGAAGCUGCGCAUGCGCAGUCUGGCGGAGGCACUGCAUCAGCUGCGCGAGUAUCUCCCUCCGGUCUACAGCCGCGGGGCGCAGCCGCUCACCAAGAUCCAGACGCUCAAAUACACCAUCCAGUACAUCAAGGAACUGUCCGGCAUCCUCGAGCAGCAGGUCUGACGCGUCGCGUCGCGGAACGUUGUUGCUUCGGGACUGAACGUUACGGAAACGCUCCACGAACUCUUCCCAAUCCGCUGUACAGAUUAAUAUUGCUCCGUGUUUGUUUGUUCGUCCGCUCCCGGGAAGUCUUUCGGAUGUAAAUAUUUCUUGCUGGUGCUUGAGUGGAGCCUCGGUGUCUUUAAAAAAAUACGUUUUGAACUGGAAAGCUGAAUAAACGUGUGUUCGUGUUUAUAGAAACUGG